CAGGCUAUCAGGUGCACUCUGGUAAACUGUAGCUGUCAGCGUUUUAAACCUGGAAAAAUAAACCAGCGACAAUGUGACCUGUGUCGGCAUGGAUGGGUCGCCCACGCUUUAAGUAAGCUAAGGGCUCCAAACUUGUACCCAACGAGCCAAGUGGAGAUAGUCCAGUCUAACGUCGUCUUUGAUAUCAGCAGCCUCAUGCUGUAUGGAACUCAAGCAAUUCCUGUCCGCCUGAAAAUUCUCUUGGAUCGGCUUUUCAGUGUCCUGAAGCAAGAAGAAGUCAUCCACAUCCUCCACGCUCUGGACUGGACACUUCAAGACUACAUACGUGGAUACGUCUUGCAGGAUGCUUCGGGAAAGGUUCUGGACCACUGGAGUAUCAUGUCGAGCGAAGAAGAGCUGGCAACUUUGCAACAGUUUAUGCGUUUUGGUGAAACGAAGUCCAUUGUGGAGCUGAUGGCAAUCCAAGAGAAAGAGGGACAAUCCAUUGUGACCCCUGCCACUGGAACCAAUAUGGAUAUCAGGGCAUUUAUCGAAAGCUGCAGUCAGAGGAAUCCAAACCUUUCUGCUCCCUUAGACAAAAUGAACCCCGUUAACAUCCAUCACUUUGAGAAUGUGGUCAACAAUAUGGCGUUUAUGCUGCCUUUCCAGUUUUUCAGCCCCAUGCCCCCACCGUUGAUAGGCUCACCCCCAGAGCGGCUGCCAGUAGAGCAGCCGCGGGACCACGGCGAUGAGCUGAAGCUGGAUGCCCGCAUGCCGUUUUCUGAAAACAGCUUCCUGACAUCCAGUUCUGCAUUUCAGGCUGAAAACGAGAAGGCUACAGCCAACCCAGGGACCACUUUGAAACCAGAGGACAACACUUCACCACGUGAUUUGAAUUCCCCAAACAUGGUAGAAAAGCUCGAAAUGGGCCAGGUAUCUCCAGAGAGUAAAAUUAAAUCUAUCGACAAAAAUGGGACUGGGACACGGAAAGGACGGGUUUUUUGCACAGCAUGUGAAAAGACAUUUUAUGACAAGGGAACUCUCAAGAUCCACUACAAUGCUGUCCACCUGAAAAUCAAGCACAAAUGUACCAUUGAAGGCUGCAACAUGGUGUUUAGCUCCCUACGCAGCCGAAAUCGUCACAGCGCCAAUCCCAAUCCACGACUUCACAUGCCCAUGAACCGAAAUAAUCGAGACAAAGACCUUAGAAAUGGGAUGACCAUCGCUGGACUGGAAGAGAGCAAACGGACAGACUUUGCCAUUUUAUCUCCAGACAACAGAUCUCUCCCCAGCUAUGGGAACUCUUGCAGCGAUGCAAAGGUGCAGCCAAGUUUUCACGGUCCUGGGCAACAUGGCGUCCUCUUUCCAAACUUGAAAACAGUGCAGCCAGUUCUUCCAUUCUAUCGCAGCCCCGUCACUCCAGCUGAGCUUGCAAACACGCCAGGUACGCUUCCUUCUCUACCUCUACUUUCCUCGUCAGUACCUGAACCCCUGGUAUCUAAUGAUUCACCUUUCGAUGCACUGCCCAAGAAAAAAUCCCGUAAGUCUAGCAUGCCCAUCAAGAUAGAGAAGGAAGCUGCUGAAACAUCUGGUGGAAUUCAUGAAGUGGCCAGUUCAGAAGAUGACAUGCCUCCCCAGGCGGUAAGUGAAGGGCACUUUAAGAUGUGCGCAUCUAGGGUAGGAAAAAACCCAAACUACCCGAUGGAAAACCAGUCCCCUUCAGGUCCAUCAUGGAGAUCCGUCUCUGAGGUUGGAGGGCCAAAACAUUUUAAAUCUAGCGAGCCAAGUAAUGUGUGCACCAAAGUGGAUGAAUUGCAUCGGCCCGAGAAAAAGGAUAAGCCAGAACAAAGCCAGUUGCUCAAAACCGUUUCUUGUGAAAAUGCAGGCAAAGAUCCAAACCAGCCCAGUGACAUGAUCGAAGCGAUGAUCGGACCCCGUGACUAUGCUAAAGGGCAGUUGGAUUCCAACGUGCCUCUGCCUUACUGCAGUGAAAUGCACCACCACUUGCUGAGCGGGGGGGUUGUCGGCACUCUGUCCACUAGCAGCGUGGCCAUACCUGGUUGUGAAGCUUUUAAGGAUAUGGAUCAUGCCAGCCAACAUGCACUGGGGCUUCCACGGGAAGACAGUCGCUUCCACUGUGGCAUCUGUAAGAAGACCUUUAAAAACCCUUACAGUGUAAAAAUGCAUUUUAAAAAUGUACACCUAAAAGAAAUGCAUAUUUGCACCGUGGAGGGUUGCAAUGCUGCAUUUCCUUCUCGUAGAAGUCGAGACAGACAUAGCUCCAAUCUGAACCUUCACCAUAAGCUUUUAACCAAAGAUCCCUUGGAAACUGAGAAGAACCAUUUCAAUGCAAUGCACAUUCUGAAAGACAUGGCUAAAGAGUGUCACCCAGAUGACUCUUUGAAAGGACCUGUUGGGCAACAGACAUCUGUCAUCUUUAAAGGCAUAAACCGAACUGGCAGCCUGGUUUUCCCAAUGAGCAAGAUCAGAGAGCCUUGUCCUGAAAGGUAUAGCUAUGACCCAGCAAACGAUGGAGCUGUUCUGGAUUUAAGCACUACUUCAAGUGUCAAGUCAGAGAGCAGUGCCCAUUCUUCUUGGGAUUCUGAUGGAGGCAAUGAAGGUGGUCUAGAGGCUUUGGAGGACAGUGAUGAAAGCUGUGAAAGCCCAUGUUUGAUACCCAAUGAAGAACUUUAUCAGGAUUGUUCUCUAAUGGACAACCCUUAUCUAAGUUUCUCAAGCAUACCUUCCAGUUUCCCAAUAACCUGUCACUUAUGCCAAAAAAGCUACAGUAAUAAAGGGACUUUUAGGGCCCAUUACAAAACUGUGCACCUCCGACAACUCCACAAAUGCAAAGUCCCAGGCUGCAACACCAUGUUUUCUUCAGUUCGGAGCAGAAACCGGCACAGUCAAAAUCCCAAUUUACACAAGAGUUUGAUCAGGUCAACAAACAUCUCCCAGUAA